UAGUAAACACAAAGUUUAAAAAGCUAGGAUUAUUGAGAGGAUGCACAGAGUCACGUGCUCUCCCCACACAGCUCAGAACCACCAGGUUUCGAGAGGCUGUCUACAAUGAAGUGGAGGAUGAAUUCGGCUCUGAUUGCAUUUACCAUUCUUAGUUUCGUUUCAGCAAAGGAGUCAAGGCUGAACGGUGUGAUUUCCGGCCUGGAGAAAGCAAUUCUUUUCUUCGAGAAUGAGUAUGAGCGCUUCACUUUGGACGGAGUGGUGGGAUUUCGGAUGUUACAAGCUGAGCUUGAAGACACACUAAAGCGAUGGUCACUGUCGGGACAUGAAGCUGUAUCACAGUUCAAAAAGGUUGGCGAUCUAGUAAGAAGACUGGACUUCACAGCAGCAAAAGCUAUUGAAACAGUUAAAGUGACCGACCCUGCGUAUUUUAAUGCUUUUCAAACAACACUGCACAUUGACUUUUGGACUCUUGAUCCUCAGUGGAUUAAAACAGAUACCAAACUAGUUUAUCCUGAAGUAAGGGUUACAGAGUGUUUUGGAGAGAAUAUCAGUGACCGAUGCAUGACUCAGCUCCUGGGUACUUGGGAGAACUAUGGAGUCUCUUGCCUGGAAUCCGACUUAUGUAAGAGAAUGAUGACGACUUUAAACUGUCAAGGUUACUCUCUGUCACACCAGCUGUUGUACUUCAUUAUUGUGGAGCACAAAAAAUGCUCAAAUAUUGUACAAGCUCAACACAUGGAUUCUCGGGCAUCCCUCUUUGUUCAGGGCUAUAAGAAGAUUUUCUGCUCCAAUAUGCUGCAAAUGAAUCUGCAGAUUGAAAAGAAUGGUUAUCCAUUGUCUGAACAAGAUUUAUUUCUGGAAUAUGUGAUGCUUUGUGGGCAGGCUGGAUUUUCAGAGUUUUUCAAGGCCGAAUGGCUUGACCACAUCCUGGCGUGGCAACUGCCAGCUGGUUGCUUUGGGAAAUCUGGGCAAAAAUACACGUUGCCAAAACACAAGCGAGUGAAGAGAAGAUCAAACAAUUUGAAAGGUGGUUGUUCUGAUCACAUGACCGGUGUUGCUGUUGGAGCUCUGGGCGGUUACCUACGUUUCUACGGAACAAGCAGAAUUUUGCAGGAACACCAACAACUUAGCAACAAGGCUUUAUUGCAUCAUUUAUAAUACUUUAUAACUAGUUCUGCUUUUCAAUCUAAGAAUGAGUAUAGUUAUUCGUACGAAUAUGUUUAUCAUCAUCUACCUAGAUACACAACAUAUUGAGAAAGGAGCUGGCACGUUAGAAUUCUAGAAAGAUAUUAAUUCUAUUUAUAAAUAGUCAUUUGGUUGUACAGGAUUUGGUGAGAAAAGACUUCUUGCAAAGGUUGUCAUUUUGCACUCAUCAAGCUAACUUGCAAGAAUGACCAUUAUCUAUUUGUUUGAACAAUCAACCCCUGCUCAUGAAUGGGGAACGUCUGAUCUUAUCUAAAGUGAUGAAUACUAAAACAGCAACAAGGGAUGAUGUGGACUGGCAUUCAGUUUGGGUUCAUGAUGGUAUUAACCCUAAGGAAGGGCAUCUUAUCUUUCCCUUUAGAAAUGCAGUGGUGUAAGUGAUAAGCUCGCAGAAUGGAAGUUAAAAACACAGGGCAUCACCUUCAGACUUUACAGUAGAUGAGUUAAAUAUAAUGAUUAUUUAUGGUAAAAAAGCUAUACAAAUUUGUAGGAAAAGCUCCACCCUCCAAAUUGUUCUAACAUAUGUAUAAUCCAAGACUAAGGGACUGUUCCCUUAAUUGCCACAACAGAUUUCCCUCUGGUGGGGGAUUUCAAGACGAGGACGUAUAUUAUUAAGGUGAGAGAGUAGUUUGUAUGUGGAAUGACCUUCCAGA